GAAGGCAGAAUUGCGAGAAGUCCUUUAAUAACUUUCAGUGAGUGGCUGGGUACGUGGUUGUCUUUACCAUUAGUUCCAUAUUCAGGUUUUAAUUGAUUAAUUGAAAAUGAAAAAAGCUGGGCUGGUUGGGGUGCUACUGAUAGCACAGGCAAAAUCGUUGUCAGGUUGCAAUCCACACAUUCACCUUAUGAAAGAAGAAGAAAAGUGCAUGAGAGACCUACAACGAUUCAAGUCGCCCGUCAUACAAGAAAACAAGAGUGUACACUGUAAGGGAAUGUGGGAUGACCUGAAUUGUUGGCCUCCUGCUUCUGUUGGGGAAACAGUCUCUCAGGCAUGUCCAGAGGUGUUCAACGCAGAAGGCACAGUGUUUCGCAACUGUACAGCCAGUGGUUGGACGGACCUGCUCGUUCCACAUGAAGAUGCAUGCGGUUACUCUUUCAAUGAGACCCUCCUCUUUCUUUCCGAGUCACCCCAUUCCCAUCUGUAUUUCUCCUACGUGAAGCUGAUGUAUACGACCGGAUACGCGCUCUCGCUCGUCUCUCUCAUCGUUGCCAUUGCCAUUUUAUGUCUGUUUAGGAAGCUGCGCUGUACCAGGAACCACAUUCACAUCCAGCUGUUCACCUCCUUCAUCCUGAAAGCAGUCUUCAUCUUCCUUCGAGACUCGCUGCUGUUUACAAACGAAGAGCUCUACCACUGUGACUACUACCCGGUGUCGUGUAAAGUCGCUCUUAUGUUGUCCAACUACUCCAUCCUGGCCAACUACAGCUGGCUGCUGGUGGAGGGACACUUCCUCUUCACCCUGGUGAACCGCUCCCUCUUCUCCCUGAAGACGCACCUGGCCUGGUACAUCGUACUCAGCUGGGGCUUACCGCUGAUGGUUAUCGUGUCCUGGGGUUGUGCCAAGUAUUUUUAUGAGGAUGAAGGCUGUUGGGAAACAAGGAAACACGAGUGGAUUUGGUGGAUACUCCGAGUGCCAGUUCUGCUAACUAUUUUUAUGAAUCUUCUCUUCUUCUUGGGUAUUCUGAGGAUCCUGGCAAGCAAACUGAGGAUGCCAGAUGCACAGAGGAAUGAAUUCAGUCGCUAUAAGAAGUUGAUCAAAUCCACUUUUCUCCUGGUGGUCUUGUUUGGUCUGCAGUACGUCCUGUUUGUUUUCUUGCCUGUUGAAGUCAGCAGCUUAAUGUUUAAGAUCUGGACCUUUGUGGAGCUGGCUCUGUCAUCCAUGCAGGGUUUUGCGGUGGCUCUCCUCUACGCUUUCAUGAACGGAGAGGUCCAGCAGGAGAUAAGGAGGCGGUGGAGGAGGUGGAGGCUGAGCCGGCAUCUUGCCAGUCGGCGCCGGCAGCAUCAAGGCUCCAUCAGCCAGAGUGGGUCUCGUCACACCCAGCUCUCCCUGCUGCCUUGUUCUACAGGUCACCUGACAGCCAGAGGACCCCUUGAGAACGCAGCAGCGCACCUUGAUGCAUUAUAGAUUCCUGUGCAGAGUAAACAGCUGGUUGGUCCACAAUGCAGUCAUGAAUACUGACAUUACACUAAAGUAGAUUAUACAGAAGAUUAGACAGUAUGUUUGAAAUAUCUCAUGUCAGUUUGGACAAUUGAGAGACAGCGUUUUUGUGAUUUUUUUUUUUUUCCUGGAUGCAGCCCUUCAAUGGACUUGAAGUAAAACAGCAAACAGGAUUGAACUGUCGACAUUCACAGUUAAGACAUCCACAAUAAAUAUACUUGCAAUUUAUGCAAAGUCCCACCAUUUGGACAAGGUGACAUAAUUGUAAAUAUAAGCAUUAUACUUUGAUGACAAUGCUUUGCAGGCAAUGACUGACAGAAGUCUGGAGCCCACGGAUACAGCUCACUGUAUGACCGCAAUUCCUAAAUGGUGAAUAACACAUUUGCGUGAAUCGUCGUAAAUUAAAAGGUGAACGUCUACACUUCUUGUCUGUUUGAUUUCAAACCCAUAGUGGUGCCACAUACAGUGGUGUGAAAAAGGUGAAAAAAGUAUAUUCUUGCAAACGCACAAAGGAUGUGCAU